UCAUUUAAAAUUAGCCUUGACUUUUUUAUUAUCAAGAUGUCGGAUUUGACUAAACACUCCCAUUUUUGGACUGAGUCAACAACAUGAUGUUGUUGUUUUUCCAUUGCGCAAUAACGGACAUGUAGAUGUUUAAAUACGGUUGGUAGUAGUGGAACGAGUUAUUGUUGACAUUCAACUCACACAACUCAUCGGAACUCACACAAUACGAAUACAACUAUUACAAGUGUCUUACAAGCGAACACAUGGGCGUUCUAGCCGUUUUCGUCGCACUGCUAGCGUGUUCGCAUGCUUACAGAGACUUCCAACUACAGUUGCCAAACGGAGACAACGUGCCCCACCCAUGCAAGAAGAACUUCGUCUGGAAGGGACUUGGUCAUCUUAACGCAUUAGGUGGCGGCAGUCUUAACCCAUUUGGUGAAGAUUUUAAACGAGCAAGCAAGAAAUGGACAACAGCUCUGUGUGAGAAGGAUUCUGAUGGCGACGGACUGACGAACGGACAAGAGCUUGGCGAUCCUGAGUGUGUAUGGGCACCCAACGACUUUCCAAGCAGAUUAAAAAACAUCACUCAUCCAGGAAUAUGCACUCCAUGGGAUGAUGACAAGUGUAGAGGAAAGAACGACUGGGUGAACUGUGAAGCGACGGAGUUUGAAUGUGACGCUGUCAAAGAACCAGACGUGCAAAAUGUUACAUUACGGUUUCCGAAGACCCGUAUACCCGCGAAAGAGACGACCUAUGCCUGUAUGACCUUUGAUCUACCUCAAGAUGGCGACUACCACGUGAUUGCCACGAAGCCCUUCAUUGACAACGUGGACGUUAUCCAUCAUAUGCUUCUAUACGAAUGCAUGGAUGGUGUACCAGCAACAAGCAGCCCGGAACACUGCUAUAUGGCAAAUACCCAGUGUAGGUAUGUUAUGGGUAUCUGGGCGGUCGGCUUCCCGGGAGAGUGUCUGUAUAAAGAACAAGGAUUUCGCAUUGGCACGAACGGCACGAAGACCGCUGUUCUACAGAUACAUUGGACCAAUCCCAACAAGAGAGAUGAUUUCACCGAUUCUUCCGGUAUAACCCUUUUCUACACCGCCAACCGCCGGAAGUACGACGCUGUGACCAUAUUUGUUGGUCAAAGGUGGCUGGAAAUCCCUCCCGGAGAACCACGCGUCACCGAAGUGGGUACUUGUACUGGAGAAUGUACACGGAGAAUACUCAAGGGACCAGUCUACGUGACUCGUGGUAUAAAUCACAUGCAUUACUUGGGCAUUGAGCAAAAAGUGGAACUGUUCCGCGGAGAUAAGAAGAUAAAAGUUCUAACAGACGAUCCGCUCUACAGCUACGACUCGCCUGUCGUUCACGAGUACGAGGAACCGGUCGAGAUUCAGCUAGGAGAUCAUCUGAAGACAACUUGUGUGUUUCGCUCUCUUUCCAAGAAUAAAACGACAUACUGGGGUUUCGGCUCUUACGAAGAGAUGUGCUUUGGACUGCUGACGGUGUAUCCCAAACAUAACAUCAUCAAUGACUGCGUUUCCUGGAAAAACAUCUCCUUCUGUGACUUCACGAACAUGUACAGUGCCUGUACCAACAACUCCAUCGCGGGCUCAACCGACUACGCAGUGGCCAUUCGCAAAAAGGUGCUGGAUAAUUGCAACGUCUUCGGCGGCUGCAGAUCCGAGUGCCCGGCUGUUCUGGCCGACGUCAGAAAGGAACCCUGUCUAGCAGGCGAGCUCGGCGAGUACUCUCUUAUGGAAAUGUCGCGGUCUAGGAACAUGGAUCUGAUGAAAUUCGCCUUCGCCAUGCGUUCGUGUGACUGCCCUAGAGACCAAUCCUUUGAGCACGUGGUGCCCAACAGUGGCGCCACCUUCCGCGCUUUAGUCUUUUCAGUUUUGUCAUUAGCAGCUUUUGUUCUUGUCAUCCAGUAGACUUAGGUUAUCUCUCAUAAUGUCUGCAUACCAACAACGCUACAAUUAUGUUUCAGGGCCGUACCCUCCGGGCAAUUGCCCCCCCCCCCCCCAAAAAAAAAAAAAUCAAAACAAAA